UGUAAUGGCUGGUAUUGCGACUCUUUCACUCCGACUCACCCAAACACGCCUAAGAUGUGGACUGAGAAUUGGACUGGUUGGUUCAAAAAUUGGGGUGGAAAGCAUCCUCACAGAACUGCUGAAGAUGUUGCUUUUUCCGUUGCUCGUUUCUUCCAACGUGGUGGAACUUUUCAGAAUUACUACAUGUACCAUGGUGGUACCAACUUUGGCCGAAGUGCUGGUGGUCCUUAUAUUUCAACUACAUAUGAUUAUGAUGCUCCCCUAGAUGAGUUCGGAAACUUGAACCAACCUAAAUGGGGUCACCUGAAAGAGCUUCACCAAGUUCUUAAAUCAAUGCAAAAAACUCUUACUUAUGGAGAUAUUACCGACACUGAUUUCAACAACUCUGUUUCUGUAACCAAAUACAGCUUCAAUGGAACUUCGAGUUGUUUUUUCAGCAAUGCCAAUGAAACUUCUGAUGCAGAAGUAACUUUUGAAGGAACUAAAUUAGUUGUUCCUGCAUGGUCUGUCAGUGUUCUUUCGGAUUGUAGAAACGAUGAUUAUAAUACCGCUAAGAUAAAUACACAAACAUCUGUGAUGGUAAAGAAGGCAGAUAACGAAGUUGAAGAUGCACAAUCAGGGUUAAACUGGGUAUGGAGGCCCGAGAAUACAAAAGAUACUACUGUUCUUGGCAAAGGAACUUUUUCCGCGAACCGCCUUCUUGAACAGAAAACAGCAUCUAACGAUGUUUCUGAUUACCUGUGGUACAUGACAAGUGUUGAUAUGAACGAGCAAGAUCUUAUGUCCGACAAGGAUGAAAUUCUUUUAAGAGUAAAUACUAGUGGUCAUGUCCUUCAUGCCUUUGUGAACGGUGAGCAUGUAGGGUCUCAAUGGGCUGCUUAUGGAACUUAUAAGUUCAUGUUCGAACAAAAGAUUAGGCUUAACCAUGGCAAGAAUCAAAUAAGUUUGCUUAGUGCAACAGUUGGUUUACAGAAUUAUGGCCCAAAAUUCGAUUCAGUAGACACUGGGUUAGCCGGGGUACAGUUAAUUGCCAAAAACAAUGAUGAGUUAAUCAUCAAGGACUUGUCGGCUAAAGAGUGGAUUUAUAAAGUGGGACUACAUGGUGAAGAUGCAAACCUUCACAGUGUUGAAUCACCUUCGGCUUCUAAGUGGUUGACGAAGGAAAUCCCUUCGAACAAGUUGCUGACUUGGUACAAGACUACAUUCAAGGCUCCGUCGGGAACAGAUGCAGUUGUUGUUGAUCUAAAGGGUAUGGGUAAGGGUCAUGCUUGGGUAAAUGGUAAAAGUAUUGGACGCUUCUGGCCAUCUUUCUUAGCCGCUAAUGAUGGUUGCGAAGAAAUAUGUGAUUAUCGUGGUUCGUAUAGUGACAAAAAGUGUGCUUCUAAGUGCGGUGAACCUUCGCAAAGAUGGUAUCAUGUGCCAAGAUCGUUCCUUCGUGCUGAUUCCAACACAUUGAUAUUGUUUGAAGAAGUUGGUGGAAAUCCUUCAAAAGUGAACUUCCAAACCAUUAAAGUUGGGUCUGUUUGUGCCAAUGCUUACGAGGGAAGAAGUCUAGAGAUAUCUUGCCAUGGUCGCACGAUUUCUGCUAUUUCAUUUGCAAGCUUUGGUAAUCCUCAAGGAAGCUGUGGAUCGUUUGAGAGGGGACCUUGCGAUUCUGAAAGCUUGAUAAGCAUUGUCGAAAAAGCAUGUGUUGGUAAAGAAACAUGUUCAAUUGAUGUGUCCCUGAAGACUUUGGGAUCAAGUGCUUGUGGCGGUAUCAAUAACAAGCUUGCAGUUGAAGCCACUUGCAGAUAGAAGUUUUUUCGAUUUGUCUAGGUUUAUGUUCAUUUACGUUUGAUUAUAAGAAAUCACCUUGAUUUCUUCUAGUUCGUUUUGAUUUCUUAGAGAUUAUUUUAUGCAAUUUCUUUCGUGAGUAUUCU